CUCGGGUGCUGGCUCUGCGAUCAGCAUCGCGCGCAUAUAUGUACUUUUAGCAUCAUUCCGACAAUGGACGCUCGCUUGAGCAUGAGGGAGACGCUGCAGGAUGCUCUCGACGAGUUGGUCUCCCCACGGACAUCGGCCGUGCGCGUAGGCGAGGUCCUCACGGACUUAGAACGGCUGCUCGCGGAGAUUUACAUGGGCGAUGGGGACCCGGCGUCCGAGCGACGGUGCGCAUUCAUCGGCCUGCAGGAUGCGUUUGAGUGCAACGUGCCCUCGCGUGUCUUAUCGUGGAUAUCCCUCGUCAUACCUCGGCUAGAAUACUUGACCAGCAAGCGAUCUGAUGAUGACCGGAAGUUUGAAGUGUCCGUACUUUCUUCGCAGCUCGUGCAAGCAUUGUCUCUCGUGCAAGGUGUAGCAUUAACCCACAAGGCCAGCAAACGGUAUCUAGGGCGUAGAUAUGCACUUCAAGUUCUCCUAGAUCUACUGUAUAUUGCCCGUCAUGUACCACUAGAGUGUACCAGUAUAUCCUCAAGCCGCUCCGCUUCUCCAAACUCCUCGAUAAAUCGUUUUCCAAUCGUCAGUCCGGCCUCGAUACCACUCGCAUCUGCCAUACUGGACACCCUAAUUUGUGUGCUCGUCGAUUCUUCGCCUGCUCUCCGCGUGUUCGAAGAGGCGAACGGCGUGCAGGUGGUGGUGAAAAUUCUCCGAAGAGCAGAGACACCGCGAGAAGUGAGGAUGAAAUGUCUCGAGUUUAUAUAUUUCUAUCUAUUGGAUGAGACAGCCCCGGCCUCCCAAUCCGCCAGUGAUUCCACCCAGAGAGGCGUCUCGCCACCCUGCGGUGACCAGUCCCACCCGACGCACCAGCGCUCCCUGUCAGACGUCUCCACUGACUCCUCCACCUCUGGGUACUCCAUCUUCUCCUCCGCCUUCAUCGAGUCUUCGUUCUCCUCCGUCUCCGCGCCCUCCACUCCUUGUUCCCUUACCAAGUGUUUACAACUGUCCGAUCCUUACGUUGCUCAGGCCGAGUCAGUCCCGCGGACGCCUACUCGCCUGACUCCGUUCGGCCCUUCCUUGCGGGCCAAUGCCAAUCAUGCUGAACAUGCAGACUCGUGGUCGCCGAUGAUGCUUCACAAGGAGGGCAAUCGCACCCCAUUCAGCCCGAAGAAGGUUGCCGUGUCCCGUCCAGGAAUUACUGCGGCGAAAACUACCUUGACAUCGACGCCUACACCAAAGACGCCGCGCAGCACCACAAUCAUAUCGUCCGCGAGCACAAAGACGGGACUUAGGCCGCAGACGCCUCGUGCCUCUCAUCAUCUGCGUGGCUCAUCGUUGUCGGCGCAAAUUGAGGCCUCCACGAGGUUCUUCUCGUCAGAGCUCGAUGCGCACAGCACACUGCACCUGCACGCCGGAAAGCACCGUCGUGCGCAGAGCAGCUUGGGUGGCGGCUCGCGGACUCCUGACCCGUCCACUCCCAGCCAGUCACGCACGAGCUCGGGAAGCACCGCCUAUGAUUCGAAUAUGGUCGGGGUUUGGGCGAGCAAAGGCAGCGGGACGCGCACGAUGGAGGAGAAAAAGAAGAUUCUGGGAUCGAUGCUCGGGAACGUCGACGCGCUCGUGGAGGGCGUGCGUAAGGCGGGAAUAUGGGGUCUCGCGUAGAUGCCCACCGCCAAAGCUGCUUGAACGAAGGCGAGUGUUUAUGAUAAUUUAUCAAUGGCUGUGUAUAGUUCUUGCCGAGGGUUUGUGAUAAAUGUAGCGUAGACCGUAUGAUACCUCGCUUGCCGUUGUUCUUGUCUCGUUUUCCGUGCGUACAUGCCGCGUUUGACUUUUGUAUUUUUGCUUUGUCGCUUCGCUUUCAAGCCUUGUUUUUAUUGUCUGCUGGUAUUUCUCUGAUCCCUUAUACGGUC